UUUGGCAGCCUCCUGCCACUUCGCACAGACCGGGCAGGGUUAGAAGAGGUCCCGCAUGUCUUGUCAAAAGUUUACACUGGAGAGGAGUUAUAUAUGAUGGGAAGAAACUGGAAGAGACUGCUAAUCCUUUGAGUUUGAGAAGGAAAAGAUCAAUGAGGAAUUCAGGCAUGGCUGUGUUCAAGCAACAGAAUGUGGAAGAGUUUUAUGAGAUUAGAGAAGAGCUGGGAAGCGGGCAGUUUGCUAUUGUGAAGCAUUGCAAGGAGAAGAGCAGCGGGCUGGAGUACGCUGCCAAGUUCAUCAAGAAGCGUCAGAGCCGUGCCAGCCGGCGGGGGGUGAGGCGGGAGGAAAUCGAGCGCGAGGUCAACAUCCUCCAGCAGAUCCAGCAUCCCAACAUCAUCACCCUGCACGAUGUGUAUGAGAACAGGACCGACACGGUUCUCAUUCUGGAGCUGGUGUCUGGAGGGGAGCUCUUUGAUUUCCUGGCACAGAAAGAGUCUUUGAGCGAAGAAGAAGCGACCCAGUUCAUGAAACAAAUCCUCGAUGGGGUCAACUAUCUGCACUCCAAGAAAAUCGCACAUUUUGAUCUCAAGCCAGAAAACAUAAUGCUGCUGGAUAAGAACGUUCCUUUGCCACGUAUCAAACUGAUUGACUUCGGCCUGGCUCACAAAAUCGAAGAUGGAGUUGAGUUCAAAAACAUUUUUGGAACUCCAGAAUUUGUCGCUCCAGAAAUCGUUAACUAUGAACCACUGGGACUGCCUGCAGACAUGUGGAGUAUUGGAGUCAUCACCUAUAUAUUAUUAAGUGGGGCAUCCCCUUUCCUAGGCGAGACAAAGCAGGAGACCCUUGGAAACAUUUCAGCAAUGGAUUAUGAAUUUGACGAGGAAUUCUUCAGCCGCACCAGUGAACUGGCAAAGAAUUUCAUCCGGCAGUUACUAGUGAAAGACACUAGAAAAAGACUGACAAUCCAAGAAGCUCUUAAUCAUCCAUGGAUUAAGCCAUUAAACCAAAAGCAAGAAAUGGUCAGAAGACAAUCUGUCAUUAACCUGGAGAACUUUAAGAGACAGUAUGCAAGAAGGAGAUGGAAGUUGUCCAUCAGUAUCGUCUCAUUCUGUAAUCAUUUGACACGUAUGAUGAAAAAAGACUACAUUAAAAAACAAGAAGAUAUGAGGGAUUGUGAGAGCGAUCCCGAAGAGGAAGCCUUCAGAAGAAGAGCCAUGAGACCCAGGAAGAGAAGCACCACGUCUUGAUUCUGUCUUCACAGGAUGCAAGUCUGAUCGGAGAUCCUGAGAGGCCCACAGUUCAAAACCGCUGCGCUACAGAACCUGGACAUGUGAAAAUGGACUGCUGGUACCAAACAUGGACUAGAUCAAAUUUAGCAUCUACAAGAACAGCCAUUCAGUUUAAGAACAGUUUAUACCGAAAGCAAUUGCCUUGCAAGGUGGACUUUUAAAAAAACAUUUAUCCUUUUGAUAUGUACUGCUCAGUGUCUUAGCAGAACAUGCAAAAACCACUGUCUGCUUAAGAAGCAUGACUGAAAUAACGAAGAGGAUCAUUGAUGGGUUACUUUUGUAGCAAUGUGCUAUAACUGGAUUGUUUUGUUUGAUAUUCUUAAAUCAAAAUUAUUAAGUGUCAUGUAAAUAGUGGAUUAUAUAAAUAGCAGGGAGCAAAUUAUGUAAAAUACAUUCAAUUUGCUUUCAACUUCAUUUCAUUGACGCUGAAAUCCUGAUUUCCUUCCCAGCAACAAAAAUAUCAUCAGUCCAUGGGGUCUGUUUUAAAAAUCUUAACAGUGAUAUUAAUGUACAAACCAGAUUGAAUCUUAAUGUAUAAACCAAGAUUAUUGCAAUAAUGUUAAUAAGUGUGUCUUUAAAUUACGCCAGGAGAAAAGCCCCAGCUGUAUUUAUAUCAACUGAUCAUUACAAUAGACCAUCCUGAGUUAAUUAAGCAAUGCCUGCAAUGCUAGAGCCAGAACCAUUGACCCUCAAUUGACCAAUCUGCUAAAAUUAUCCCCUGGACAUUUCUUUCUUCUUUGCAUUUGAAUGAACCAUUACUGCAUGUUGAAAGAAAACAGGUUACUCCCACAUUUAAACAGGCUUCACAAUCUUGAACCUGUUCAGUAUAUUGCAACUUCUCAAUGAGCUGGAUGGCUAGCGGGAUGCUUAUUCUGAAAUAAACUGCAUAGUGUACCCACGUGAGCAAACUCUGUUCAGAUCAGUGAUCCUCAAAGCAGUGCCGUGGGCAAAUGCGUGCCCGUGACGGCAGCUGAUAUGGUCUUGUAUACUGCAAUACAGAUUUGUUUUUAGGUCAUUUCAGUCUACUACUCUGUGCUCUAAAUCGCUGCUUUCCUGACAUUUAAUAAAUCGAUGUUUUAGUUUC